AUGGGGAAAAGGUUUUGGAUUCAAAUUAAACAAGGAGUCACCCGCGUGGCUGCUCCAUCCAGGGGCCUCGCCCUGCCAAGAAGCCGCUCUCCUGUCAGCACCUGGGGGCUUGGAAGGAUGUUUCACUCAGGCCGAAUGUGGAGCUGUCAUUCGAAAUGGAAGCGAAGUUCUCUUUUGUUCUUAUUUGCUUUAUAUAUUGUGUAUGUUCCUCCCUCAGGUUCCUACCUGAUCCCGCUCCCGGCCGCAGAACUAGCCAACUGUGCAGAUUUGGGGACCCUUUGCCAAGCUACUGUAAACUCUCCUAGUACUACACCACCCACUGUCACCACUAACAUGCCUGUUACUAAUAGAACCGAUAAACAAAGGAAUGAUGGAAUUAUUUAUAGAAUUUUCAUAGAGAUUCAAAACAUCCUUCAUCACCCCGAGGUAAAAGUACAGAGCAAGGUGGCCGAAUGGCUCAAUUCAACCUUCCAGAAUUGGAACUAUACUGUUUAUGUGGUUAAUAUCAGUUUUCACCUGAGCACUGGAGAGGACAAGAUUAAAGUGAGGAGAAGCAUUGUGAAUGAUCAAAGGUUGGUGAUUUUGGCCCUUCUAGUUUACAAUGCUACCGACAAUCCCGAUUUAGAAGGAAGAACCAUUCAGCAGAAGCUCUUAAGAAAUAAUGAGUCCCUGGAUGAGGGCUUGAGGCUACACAGAGUGAACGUGAGGCGACUGGGUAUAUGUCAUGAUGAUGAGGACCCCAAAGGCUAUAAAUGGCCAGCCAUCCAACCUUCUGUAUACAAUGCUCCCUGUCCAGGGAAGCCGGGCUUCUAUGCUUCACGGACAUGUUAUGAUGACCCUGCCAACACAUCUCUAGCUUACUGGGGUCCUCCUGAUAUCUCCAAUUGCUCAAGUGAAGCAAAUGAAGUUGCCAAUCAGAUUUUAAAUUUAACUGGUGAUGGGCAGACAUUAAACUCAGCCAAUAUCACCAGCAUCGUAGAACAGGUCAAAAGGAUUGUAAAUAAAGAAGAAAAUAUUGAUAUAACGCUUGGCUCAACUUUAAUGAAUAUAUUUUCUAAUAUCUUAACCAGUCCAGACAGAGACUUGCUUGAGUCUUCUUCUGAAGCUUUAAAAACAAUUGAUGAAUUGGCCUUCAAGAUAGACCUACAUAGCACAUCGCAUGUGAAUAUCACAACUCGGAAUUUGGCUCUUGGAGUAUCAUCUGUGUCCCCAGAGACCAAUGAAAUUUCAAAUUUUAGCAUUGGUCUUCCAAGCAAUAAUGAAUCAUAUUUCCAGAUGGAUUUUGAGAGUGGACAAAUGGAUCCAUUGGCUUCUGUAAUUUUGCCUCCAAACUUGCUUGAGAACCUGAGUGAAGAAGAUUCUGUAUUAGUUAAAAGAGCACAGUUUACUUUCUUCAAUAAAACUGGACUCUUCCAGGAUGUAGGAACCAAGAAAGGCACCUUAGUGAGUUAUGUGAUGGCAUGCAGUAUUGGAAACAUUACUAUCCAGGAUCUGAAGGAUCCUGUUCGAAUUAAAAUCAAACAUACAAGGACUCAGGCUGUGCCUCGUCCCAUCUGUGCCUUCUGGGAUCUGAACAAAAACGAAGGUUCUGGAUUUUGGAACACUUCAGGAUGUGUCGCACACAAAGAUUCAGACGCCAGCGAGACGGUCUGCCUGUGUAACCACCUGACCCACUUUGGGAUUCUGAUGGACCUUCAAGGAACUGCCUCACAGUUGGAUGCAAAAAACACUAAAGUCCUCACCUUCAUUACCAAUAUUGGGUGUGGAAUAUCUGCUAUUUUUUCAGCAGCUACCCUCCUGACAUAUGUGGCUUUUGAAAAAUUACGAAGGGAUUAUCCCUCCAAAAUCUUGAUGAACCUGAGUACAGCCCUGCUGUUCCUGAAUCUCCUCUUCCUCCUGGAUGGCUGGAUCACCUCGUUUCAUGUGGAUGGACUUUGCACGGCCAUUGCAGCCCUGCUGCAUUUCUUCCUUCUAGCUACCUUUACCUGGAUGGGGCUAGAAGCGAUUCAUAUGUACAUUGCUCUGGUUAAAGUAUUUAACACUUACAUUCGCCGAUACAUACUGAAAUUCUGCAUCAUUGGCUGGGGUCUGCCUGCCUUAGUUGUGUCCAUUAUUCUAGCAAGCAGAAACCAAAAUGAAGUUUAUGGAAAAGAGAGUUAUGGAAAAGAACAAGGUGAUGAAUUCUGUUGGAUUAAAGAUCCUGUCAUAUUUUAUGUGACCUGUGCCGGGUAUUUUGGACUCAUGUUUUUCCUGAAUGUCGCCAUGUUCAUUGUGGUGAUGGUGCAGAUCUGCGGGAGGAAUGGCAAAAGGAGCAGCCGGACGCUACGCGAGGAGGUUCUAAGGAACCUGCGCAGUGUGGUCAGCCUGACGUUUCUACUGGGCAUGACGUGGGGGUUUGCUUUCUUUGCCUGGGGACCUUUGAAUGUCCCUUUCAUGUACCUUUUCUCCAUCUUCAAUUCUUUACAAGGCUUAUUUAUAUUUAUCUUCCACUGUGCUAUGAAGGAGAAUGUUCAGAAGCAGUGGAGACGGCAUCUCUGCUGUGGUCGAUUUCGAUUAGCAGACAACUCAGACUGGAGUAAGACAGCUACCAAUAUCAUCAAGAAAAGUUCUGAUAAUCUAGGAAAAUCUUUGUCCUCAAGCUCCAUUGGCUCUAACUCAACCUACCUUACAUCCAAGUCUAAAUACAGCUCUACCACCUACUUCAAAAGGAAUAGCCACACUGACAAUGCAUCCAUGGACAAGUCCUCAUCAAAACUGACCCAUGCUGAUGGAGAACAAACAUCAAUCAUCCCUGUCCAUCAGGUCAUUGAUAAGGUCAAGGGAUAUUGCAAUGCUCAUUCAGAUAAUUUCUAUAAAAAUAUUAUCAUGUCAGACACCUUCAGCCACAGCACAAAGUUUUAA